AUGGUUGAAACUGGAAAUACGGAUCACUCAAUAUCUGAACAGCUACAAAAUGAUUGCUCAUUAAAAGAAGAGCAAAUUCCAACUCUGUAUGGUUCUUACAUUGAUGAAGCUUCUUGGAGAGUACGAAUUGCUUUGGAAUGGAAAGGCAUCGAUUAUAAACAGGAAUCCAUAGACAUUGAUCAUGGAGAGCACCUGUCAAGUCGCUUUUACAAGCUGAAUCCAUGCAAGAAACUACCUUGUUACAUGACAAGAACCGGGAAAAUAUUAACACAGAGUUUGGCUAUUAUUGAGUAUUUGGAGCUCAAUUAUCCACAACGACCCAUGUGGCCUAAAGCAAUCUACCAUAGAGCCAAGGCUAUAGCCAUUACUCAAGAUAUUUGCGAUAUUCAAACCUCAGAAAUCAAAAAGUACUUGAAUAUGAUCGAUAUGGAUCCAAAUCAAAGACAAGAAACUAUACGCAGAGUAAUAGAAGGAGCCUUGGCAGGACUAGAGAAAAAGAUAAAAUGUAGCUCUGGCACGUACUGCAUAGGGGAUCAUAUUAGUGUUGCUGACUUCUUCCUUGUACCUCUGCAUUUUACUGUCACCAAAAAAUUUGGCAUCGACAUGAAACAGUUUCCAUAUAUUACUAGAAUUCGAAAUACACUCAUGACUUUGUCCGAAUUCAAGAAUACGCACCCAUACAAUCAGCCUGACUGUCCUGAGGAGCUUCGAGGCUCUGAGCUGUAA